CACUUGUCUUCAUCCCGCUUCCAACACAUCUCUCUGCCUUUAUCUGUCUCUCCCCCCUGCAUUCUUGACUAUCGCCUCCUCUGUUUUCUGAGAAAAGAAACUCUUUCUCCAUCUCUCUCUCUCUCUCUCUCUCUCUCACACACAAAACUUCUCAUGGGAAUCUUUUCAUUGAUUACUGGGAGGCCAGGCCCCAGUGGCUUUGGAUCCGCUUCCACUGCUGAACAAGUUACAGAAGGAGUUGAUGCCAGCAACCUCACUGCGAUCGUCACUGGAGGAGCAAGUGGGAUCGGUUUUGAGACAGCAAGGGUCUUGGCUCUGCGGAAAGCUCAUGUGGUCAUAGCAGCUAGGAACAUGGAUGCUGCAAAUGAAGCCAAACAGCUAAUUCUUAAAGACAAUGAAGCCGCUCAUGUUGAUGUUCUAAAACUCGACCUUUGCUCAAUGAAGUCCAUUAGGGCAUUUGUGGAUAACUUCAAUGCCCUCAAUCUUCCCCUAAACCUUUUGAUAAACAACGCGGGUAUUAUGUUUUGCCCCUUCCAACUUUCACAAGAUGGGAUAGAGUCCCAAUUUGCAACAAAUCAUAUUGGCCAUUUCCUCUUAACAAACCUCCUGCUUGACAAAAUGAAGAGCACGGCUAGGACGACAGGUAUUGAGGGCAGAAUUGUGAAUCUGUCUUCAAUAGCCCACCUACACACUUACGAAAAUGGGAUAAAAUUUGAUGGCAUCAAUGAUGAGAAGAGUUACUCGGACAAGAGGGCGUACGGCCAAUCCAAGCUUGCAAACAUAUUACAUGCCAAAGAGCUCUCACGGCGUUUGCAGGAAGAGGGUGCAAAUAUCACCGUCAAUGCCGUCCACCCAGGGUUGAUAAUGACCAAUCUCUUUCGACAUUCUGCCGUUCUGAUGAAAAUUUUGCAAAUGCUCUCGUACAUCCUAUGGAAGAACGUACCACAGGGAGCAGCCACCACAUGUUACGUUGCGCUACACCCAAGUAUGAAAGGUGUGACGGGGAAGUACUAUCUGGACUGCAAUGAGAUGGCCCCGAGCGCAUAUGCUAGUGACGAAACCUUGGCGAAAAAACUGUGGGACUUCAGCAACAAGUUGGUUAACUCACCUCCAACCACUUCAAAUUAGAUGUUGUGUCCUCUUGGUUGUGUGUCUAGAUUGCAAUUGUUACAACUUACAACACUAGCAGGUAUAUUAACUUGUGAUAUGCGAGUAACUAUGUGUUUAUGGGUUUAGUUUCUUUGGACAAAAGAACCUGCAUCUUGUUCAUAGUAAUAUUAAUAUCAUUUGAAUUUUCUUUUGUUGUGUCUUCA